AUGACGAAUCCUUCACAGACGAUUGAGACGUUUCAGAAAACCCUUGGUCCGUUUAUCAAGCCACGAGAGCAAGUCAAUUACAUUCGACGAGUUUUGGCACUUCAUUUAGGCUCGUGCUCUCACGAUGGCCCAGUCAAGCAACCUGUGGCUCUGGCAGAUGCAACUCACGACGUAACUCCUGAUCCUAAUUCAAAAGGGUUCUACAGAGAGUACAUCGAAGCUUUGAAAGCCAAUGUUGAUGCACGUCGAAAGUAUGAAGAUGCUGCGCAAUCAAAUCUCGCUUCAUCGUCUUCAACCCAAGACUCUUCGUCCAGCAACGAGCUACUAGAAGAGCGGUUAGCACUUCUAAAACUUCAGGCUAAGCAAAGCCGUCUUUCGGCUGUUCAGGGUCACCUUGACUCGCUCAUGCAGAAGCCUGCUGCUGCACCUGAAUACCUAGACCCCGAAGAUGUUUUCCACGAAGCUGCGAGUCUACCCAAAGUCCCAAAGGAGGUAGUGAACAGUCUCGUUGCACAACAAAGCGUCAAAAAGACCGACUUGACGGAGCAAGUUGCGCAACUCGAAAAGACUGUCUUGAGAGCAAAGCUUCUUUUGAAGCGUGAGGAGCAACUACUUCGUGAAACCAGAGCCAAUGCCCAGGGCCUACCUGAUGUAGUGAGCAAUGGCAUCAGACUACAUGCUCUGAAUACAACACGAAAUGAACUGAUCACCUGGAUCGAGACUGAGUUGAGCAAAGCAUCAGGCGAUGAGGAAGGGGGUGAGGAGAGUGUUUCCAAGAGCCAUGCUCAAGCAACUGCGGACCAAGCCACGAUAAACGAGCGACUCGGCACGAUAAAGGAGAAAUACGCCAAAUACCUUUCAGGUAGACGAUCUCUUCUGUCCUCUGUUGGCGAAAAGUUUGAUUCGUCAGCAGUUCCGGUCCUGGCUCCAUCCACAACCAAGCAACAAGCAGAGGAAACAGAAACUGCAUCCAGCACCUACCUUCUAACACCAUACAUUGCAACUCUUCUUGCUCUGUCAAAGAAGCAGAGAGCAAUUAUCACACAGAAGGCACACGUGAACACAACUCUUGACAAGGAAAUUAAAGAUAACUGUCAAUCACUUGAACAUCUGGAAGAAGAAAGCCUGUUCCUCUCGUCUCAUUCCUCUGCACCGGCAUCUCGACGCAGAUCUGUUUUAGGGGAGUUCCUCCCCUCUGGUGAAAGGUCAGGCCUGACUGGUAAGAUUCAACAUUGGGUUCUUGCUGCCGACUCGGCCAAAAUCGCAACCCUUGAGAACGUGGCGGAGCAGGUUGAAGGCGGCCAGCUUGCGUUGGAAAAUUCUAUGCAGACAUUGCAAGAGAUCGAUCAUCUUCUGGGUCAGGUCGACGAGGAGGAAGAGGAAGAGGCUCAAGCCGAUACGACGGAAGAUGAUGUCUGGUUGGAAGCAGGUCCCAAGUCUCCAAGUAAGACGAGGAAGCACACGGAAAAGGGCAACUCGGGGCAACCACAAGAUGCCUGGUCUGGUUUGCAUGGCAACCUUGGAUUAAUUGGCCAGGAGGACGCGGUAUAG